UCUCUCUCUCUCUUAACCCGAACUUCGGUAGGUUAAACUCAAUCCGUGUCGCAACCUACGACUGCUGAUCGUGUUAUGUGGGUUCGAUUGGUUGUAACAGUAGCUAAAAAAAUCUGCAUAAUUGUUGUUUAGAAUUUCAACAUGGACUCAUCGAACCACAACCAGAAAAAUAGUAACUGUCUCAAGCGAUCCUACGAUGACUUAUGCUCAAAACCCUACGCCGAGGAUUCUCCAUAUCAAGAAUUGACGUCUUCCGACACACCCCAGAACAUUGACCCUAGAAGGUAUCAGUUGGAGGUGUUUGAAGUUGCAAGGAGGAGAAACACAAUAGCAGUGUUGGAUACAGGCUCCGGUAAGACCUUGAUAGCUAUAAUGCUAAUAAAAGACAUUGGUCAAGGUAUCAAGUCUAGUGGCGUAAAAAAGUUGAUUAUUUUCCUAGCUCCCACCGUUCAUCUUGUCAAUCAGCAAUUCAACAUUAUAAAAUAUCUUACAGAUUUUCAAGUUGAGGAAUACUAUGGGGCUAAAGGAGUCGAUACAUGGAAUUUAAAGACCUGGGAAAAGGAGAUUAUUGACAAUGAUGUACUGGUUAUGACGCCCCAGAUUCUAUUGGAUGCCUUAAGAAAAGCAUUCCUGAGUAUAGAAAUGAUAUCCUUGAUGAUUAUUGAUGAAUGUCAUAGAGCAACUGGCAACCAUCCAUAUGCAAAAAUAAUGAAGGAAUUUUAUCACCAAGCUAAUGAAAAGCCAAAGAUUUUUGGGAUGACAGCGUCACCGGUAGGUAAAAAAGGUGUUUCCUCUACUAUGGACUGCGAGGGUCAGAUAUCAGAACUUGAAAAUAUCUUGGAUUCUCAGAGAUAUACUAUCGAAGAUCGGACAGAGAUGGAUGUGUGUAUCUCUUCUGCAAAAGAGAGUUGUAGAUUUUAUGACCCAGCACGAUUUCCUGCUUUGAGUUUGAAGCCAAAGAUUGAAUCCUUGUGGUCCAAGUCUGAUGUAUUGUCUGAAUUUCAAAGUAACUAUAAGGAUGUGGACAAUAAAUUUAAGACGCUACAUCAGCGGAUGACCAAUGAACUUGCUAAAAUUUUAUAUUGCCUCGAAGAUCUUGGACUGCUAUGUGCUUAUGAGGCUGUUAAAAUCUGUCAUGAAAAUUUCUCCAAAAUUGAAGGAGAUUGUGAACUUUACAGAAACGGUUAUCUUCAGUGUAAAACUGUCAUUGAAGAAGUAAUCCAAAUAAUUGAAGAAUCUCUCCAUGUUGCUGGUAAAAAUAUUUUGGAGGUUGAAUUUGAUUAUUCAAAGGCAGUUGACUUGGGAUACAUAUCUCCAAAAUUGCUAGAACUUAUUCAACUCUUCCAGUUGUUUGGAGAAUCUCGUCAGGUGUUGUGCCUCAUUUUUGUUGAAAGAAUCAUUACAGCUAAGGUGAUCGAAAGAUUUGUAAAAAAGGUUUCCCAGCUAUCUCAUUUCACUGUUUCCUAUUUAACUGGAAACAACACAUCGGUUGAUGCACUGGCUCCAAAGAGGCAAAAGGAAAUAUUGGAUUCUUUCCGCUCUGGAAAGGUUAAUCUAUUAUUUACUACUGAUGUACUUGAAGAAGGAAUUCAUGUGUCAAACUGCUCUUGUGUGAUACGUUUUGACCUCCCCAAGACAGUUUGUAGUUAUGUCCAAUCUCGGGGAAGAUCUAGGCAGGCUAACUCCCAGUUUAUUGUGAUGUUGGAGAGGGGAAACUUGAAGCAAAGAAGUCAACUCUUUGACAUCAUCCGGAGUGAGCGCAGCAUGACUAAUGCAGCUAUUAAUAAAGACCAUGAAUCUAGUUUACAGCCGUGCACAGUAUGGAAAACAAAUGCAUACUAUGUGGAUUCUACUGGAGCAUCAGUCACUCUAGAUUCUAGUGUCAGUCUUAUAAAUCGAUAUUGUGGAAAACUCCCACGAGAUAAGUACUUCUGUGCAAAGCCGACUUUUGAGUUUCUGCCUAUGGAGGGGGGUUACAAGAGUAAAAUAAUAUUACCACCUAAUGCAGCUUUCCACACAAUGGUUGGUCCUUCAGGAAAAGAUGUUCGUUUGGCAAAGCAUCUUGUAUGUUUAGAAGCUUGUAAGAAGCUGCAUCAAAUGGGCGCCUUGAAUGAUCAUCUUGUGCCUUUCAUUGAAGAUCCUUCAGAAGCUGACCAUAUUGUGGAAAACAAAGAACUGAAUUCAGGUGCAGGAACAACAAAAAGAAAGGAGUUGCAUGGCACAGCCAGCAUUCGUGCAUUAUGUGGUACUUGGGGAGACAAAUUUGAUGGAGCCAAAUUUCAUGCCUAUAGAUUGGAUUUCACAUGCAAUAUUGUUACUGAAAUUUACUCUGCAUUUGUUCUUCUGGUUGAGUCAAAGCUUGAUGAUGAUGUGGGGAAUAUGAAAUUAGAUCUUCAUUUGAUCUCAAAGACUGUGAAGGCUUCAGUCUCUGCAUGUGGGCAAGUUGAUUUGGAUGCUGAACAGAUGAUCAAGGCAAAAUGCUUCCAUGAGCUUAUAUUCAAUGGUUUGUAUGGGAGAUUGGUUCUUAGGUCCAAAUCAGCGAGAGGGGAAAGGGAAUUUUUGCUUCAGGAAGACACAAAAUCAUUGUGGAGCCCAAAUAACUUAUAUUUGCUUCUACCACUUGAAAAAUUGAAUGAUAUAUGUAAGGGAUCUUUGCAAAUAAACUGGAGUGGAAUCAAUUCCUGCGCCUCUGCUAUUGAAUAUUUAAGGAGGAAAUUUUUGUUGGUUGCUGGAGAUUGUGAUGCUAACAGCAAGAUCACAUCACCUUGUAAUAUCAGUUCAUCAGAGGUGGAAUGUGAAGGCACAAACAAGAUUCACUUUGCGAAUUGUGUGCUCGAUGUUAAUAAUCUAAAAAAUAUGGUAGUUUUGGCCAUUCACACUGGGAGAAUAUAUUGUAUUAUUGAAGUAGACAUUAAUCUAUGUGCUGAUAGUCCUUUUGAUGGAAACAAUGAAAAGUCUGAGGAAUGCAUAACCUUCGCGGAUUACUACAGCAAAAGGUAUGGGAUUACGCUGAGACAUCCAGGACAGCCUUUGUUACGUUUGAAGCAAAGUCAUAAUCCACACAAUCUUUUUUUGAACUUCCAUGAGGAAGUAGAUGCAAGGUACAAGUCAUCACAAACUGGCCCGGUAAUCCCAAAGGUGCCCGCGCAUGUUCACAUUCCACCCGAGCUUUUAUGCAUUCUUGAUGUUAAUAGAGAUGUAUUGAGGUCAUUGUACUUGCUACCAUCUAUGAUGUACCGUAUUGAAUCUUUCAUGUUAUCCAGUCAGCUUAGAGUAGAGAUAAAUGGUCAGACUAGCAAUUUCAACAUACAUAGCUCCCUGAUUCUAGAAGCACUUACAACUUUAAGAUGUUGUGAAAAUUUUUCAAUGGAACGUCUUGAGUUGCUGGGAGAUUCUGUUUUGAAAUAUGCAGUAAGCUGUCAGCUCUUUCUUGAAUAUCCUAAUAAACAUGAAGGACAAUUAUCUGCCAGACGAUCAAGGGCUGUUCGUAAUUCAACCCUGCAUAAACUGGGAACAGAUCGCAAAUUACAGGGAUAUAUCCGAGACUCUGCAUUUGAACCACGCCGUUGGGUUGCUCCAGGACAGCGCUCUAUACAUAUUGUUCGUUGUGAUUGCGGGUUGGAAACCCUAGAAGUGCCUUUAGACGUAAAAUUCCAUACUGAAGAUCCAAAAAUUGUGGUUGGGAAGUUCUGUGACAGGGGUCACCGCUGGAUUUGCUCUAAGACUAUUGCUGACUGUGUUGAAGCUCUGAUAGGAGCAUACUAUGUGGGUGGUGGACUUAUUGCGUCACUUCAUGUGAUGAAAUGGCUUGGGAUUGAUGCUGACCUUAAACCAUCCUUGGUUGUUGAAGCCAUCACUGCUGCCUCUCUGCACACAUGUGUGCCAAAAGUAAAUGAGAUUGCAAGCCUUGAAAAGAAAAUUGGGUAUGAAUUUUCUGUCAAGGGACUGUUAUUGGAGGCAAUCACACAUUUGUCUGAGACAAAACUUGGGAUUGGCUGCUGUUAUGAGAGGCUUGAAUUUCUUGGUGACUCAGUUUUGGACCUGCUUAUCACAUGGCAUCUUUAUCAGAGUCACGCAGAUAUUGAUCCAGGAGAGUUGACUGACCUGCGAUCGGCUUCUGUAAAUAAUGAAAAUUUUGCUAAAGUUGCUGUUAGACGAAACCUUCACAAACACCUCUUGCAUAGCUCAGGGUUUUUACUGAAUCAGAUAUCAGAAUAUGUGAAGUCCAUUUUUGAAUCAGAGAACAACACCAGAACUCUCCCAGGAAUUAAAGCUCCCAAGGCACUUGGAGAUCUAGUGGAAAGUAUUGCUGGGGCUGUACUAAUUGAUAGCAAGCUCAGUCUUAACGAAGUGUGGAAGAUUUUCAAUCCUCUACUAUCUCCCAUUGUUACUCCUGAAAAACUUGAACUGCCUCCAUUCCGGGAAUUAAAUCAAUUAUGCGACUCACUUGGAUAUUUUGUAAAAGUAAAAGAAAAUUGUGAAAAGAAUGGAUCCAUGGAGCAUGUUGAGCUUAGCGUACAGCUGCCACAUGCCCUCUUGGUUCAAGAGGGAAAGGGGCACAAUAAAAAAACUGCAAAAGGAGAAGCUGCUUUUCAUUUGUUGAAGGAACUUGAGAAGAGGGGAAUUUCAUAUGGUAGUAGCAUUUCUAAGGGAAAAAGUGAUAAUCCUGACUGUCUCCGUGAUUCAUCUUUUCUCAAAAUGGACUUUAGUAUUGGCUCUGGUCUAACUGACGAACAUUCCUCAAAGCCAGUCGUGCAUAAAAGGCCCAAAUUGGAUGAAACUAACGUAACUGCAAGUGCAUCUGCUGGUUUUUUACCUCUCAAAGACUCUUUCGGUGAAACCUCUGAUUUUAAUGCUUCUGUUCCAGUUAUUGCAUCAAUUAGUAUGAAGAAAGGAGGACCCCGAACCACACUAUAUGAGCUGUGCAAGAGACUACAAUGGCCAUUGCCAGCGUUUGAUUCAACAGAAUAUAAAGACAGAACUCUAUUUGAAUCCGUGGAAAGAAGCAAGGGACAUAUCUGUUUUGUGUCUAAAAUUACCUUAUGCAUACCCAAUGAUGGUAAUAUAGAAUGUGAAGGAGAAGCUAGAAGUGAUAAGAAGAGCUCAUGUGACUCUGCUGCUGUUCAAAUGCUUCAUGAGCUACAACGACUGGGAAAACUUAAGAUUGGUGAUCCCUAAUCUUUCUUCCUUCUAGAGUCCAUCCCAUCUAUCUGUUUAUUGGAAGUGAAAGGAAAGGAAAGGAUAAAAAAGAAGGGAGAGAGUAUACAAGAGAAUGGCUAGUUCCACGACUUUGUGCCCUCAAAGACACUGUUGUUUUGUGCCAUUUAUUUGGUAAACUGUCUCAAAUCAAUGGUACAGGACGAUAUGUUUACAAGAUUAUUUGGUGCGUUGAUUUACCAUUUUGCCCCUCUUUUAAAAUCAAUUUAUUACUUUGUCCAUUCCCCCAAAUCAUAUACUAAUUUGCCCCUCUUCUUAAACUAUAUCAAUCUGACCUGUUUGAUCAAAUCCUAGUUCUUGAUAAGUUAUUUAUUUAAGUAAAUAACUUAUUUACUCGAGUAAGUGUGAGUCAAAUUUUGGUCAAACGGGCAAAUUGAUAUAUAUAUAUAUAUAUAGUUUGAGAAAAGGGACAAAUUGAUAUAUAAUAUGGAAAAAGGGGUAAAGUGAUAUUUUUUUAUUAAAAUAGGGGUAAGAUGGUUGGUUAGCCUUAUUUUGUGGGUGCAAAAUUGUGGCACUAGUAUUGCAAAAUAAGAGAAAAUGAUUGGAAAAAAUAGCCCCUCACUUUGGGGGGAAUUAAAAGGAAAAAUAAGAGGUGACGUUUGAGAUGUCCUUUUGCUUUUCCUUUCCUUUCCUUUCCCGUGGGAAGAUGGAGAAGAAAACUCAGACAACGACGAUUGAUAAUGUAACAUUAAAAGUAAUUCUUUCUUUCACAAAUAUCUUCUCAGUGAAAGUGAGUUUCAUCACGAGCCUUUGCACUAGCUGCAAUUAAGAGGUGCAAAGAACUCAUUUUCGGGUUGAUGUUAAUUCAGCCAGAUCAGGGUUUUGAAAUCAGGACCAAUUUACUUU